AUGCGAGCCACAGUCAGACUGCAAGAUGCGGGGAAAAGAGAGUGGUUACAAUCACAGCGGGUGGGGCUCGUCAUUUGCCUGUACCAAUCGACAUCAAACAGCGCAGGCAAGGCCAGGGAAAUCAAGGGGGACAAACGCGUGCUGAUAGCGGAGAAAUACAAGAGGUGGCCCAGUCUGUCGCUGGAUUCGAGCUGGAUGAGCGAGAUGAGCAAGAGUGUUUCAGGCCCGGGCGCUCGUAGGCUGGUCGGACACGUGCAGAGUGACGAAAAGAAGUACCGUGAAGCCAGCUCGUACCAACACUGCCAUUUCUCAGUUCUCAGACAUACCGCUCUCACCAGCAUAACCACAACAGCAUUUGCAUGGAAUACGCACACAAGGCAGAUACUAUCGCCAGACAUGUGGGAUUUGGAGAAGGCUGCCACGGUGAUUUUCCAUUUCUCUGUCGCUGCUCCUUAA